UUAACACUACUUGACUUCUUUCAUUCUUGCAGUAAUCAUUUUAAUCGUUGUUGGAGCAGCAAUUUUAGUCACUUGCCCAUCUCUGAUUUUCCGAUUUACAAAGAAAACCUCUACAUACAAAUCGAUAUUCUUUUGGAGGAAAUCAACAAUGGCAGAUGAUAAUGUGGAAGCUUUCUUGAAAUUUAAUGGAUCCCUUGUGCCACAAAGAUAUAGUUACUCAAGAAUAAAGAAAGUAACAAAUUCUUUCCAAGAUAAACUCGGGAAAGGCAGCUAUGGUGAUGUGUACAAAGGCAAGCUUCUUGAUGGACGUCUAGUGGCUGUCAAGCUUCUAAAUGAAACAAAAGACAGUAAUGGAGAAGAGUUCAUAAAUGAGGUCGCAAGCAUUAGUACGACUUCCCAUGUCAACAUUGUAAGCCUUGUAGGGUAUUGUUUCGAGGGUCGCAAAAGAGCUCUUAUCUACAAAUACAUGCCAAAUGGAUCUCUUGAGAAGUUCAUACACAACAACAAAUCACAGGAGACAAAUGACGACUUAGAAUGGAAAACAAUGCACAAGAUUAUAGUAAAGGUUGCUCGAGGAUUGGAGUACUUGCACCAUGGUUGUACAACUCGCAUUUUUCAUUUUGACAUUAAACCCCACAACAUUCUUCUAGAUGAAGAUUUUUGUCCAAAAAUUUCUAAUUUUGGGCUUGCUAAAUUGUGUUCCAAGAAAAAGAGCAUUGUAUCCAUGUUGCAUGCACAAGGAACUAUUGGGUAUAUAGCACCUGAAGUCUUCUCCAGAAAUUUUGGAAGAGUAUCGCACAAGGCUGAUGUCUAUAGCUAUGGAAUGCUAGUCCUAGAGAUGGUUCAUGGAAGGGCAAACAUUGGUGAAUCAGUUGAACACACUAGCAACUUAUAUUUCCCACAUUCGAUCUAUUGGAUUGUGGAUUUACGGAAGAUUCUUGUAGGAGCUUGGAUUUUGCUUGAUUAUUGA